AUGCGUGACGACACCAUCGUGGCUGGCCUAUCUGUUCCGUCAUCUGCACGUCCCAGUUCGGCAUUCAUGUCCUUGCAAGUUGACUCGCCCACAUUCAUCGACAUCGGGAACCGGGGACUGGACGGGGGUGGGCAGCUCAAUCAAAUCUCACCUGGACCUGUCACUAACUCCCCAACACCCCCGAACAACCACGAAUACCAAAAGGCCUCUACUCCGUACCAUUCAUCCACACUUUACCGUCCAGUCUCCCCUGUUCGCAACCACGCGCCUCCGCCGCUUCUGAAACAGCCUGACGCACCCCAGGGGCUUCCACGUCGACCCUCGAUCCUCGACCCUCGAGCCCCCCUUUUGCCCUUUUGCGCACAUCUCGCACCACUCACGCAUCGCGCCAGUCUGUUGACUCUUCACUAUCCACUGCACCACUGGGGCCCGGCUUUCACCGCAUCGUGGUCCACGCAAGGGUUGACCCCUGGCUACGACUCCACUGCUUCGAGAAAAUCCAUCGAAGGGCCUCCAUACUUCCGAUCCAACUCCCAGUCAUCUCUGCUUCGCCUCCCACCGCCCAACAACCGGGCACACCCUUCCAAGCUCAACGUCGCACGAUUGCCAACUCUUCACAACCUGCUUGUUUACUCCUUCUUGACAACACCCCCGGACAGCAACCUCCUCCCUCUGACCACACGCCUACCCGCUCCUCCGCCCAUUGUCCUAUACAUAAACCAAGCUCCCCCUCCCCGGCCGCGCCACACGACGUUCACGAUGUCGAACCCUACUCCAGCCCAGGAAGAAUUCAACGCUCUGCUAGCAGCAAACUCCCGUGACGACAGCAAAGUACAUCCCGAAGACCGAGAUCACGACCGUCGCGAACAAGACAGCCUUGACCUCGACGAGGAAGAGAGAUAUCGUAACUCCCAGAUCGACGCCGCCAUGCGUAUGCCAUCUCUUGGUCAGACCGGCUCCGACCUGAAGCUGCCCCCAGCUAGCUUCGAUGCAGGUCGUACCACUGGUGUCAAGGGCGUCAUCGCCGAUGCCCGCAACUACGAGAACGCUCGCAAGACUUCCUUCAUGAGCCGCGCGCGCACCACAGUGAGGCGCUCCAUCUUUGGCCUCGACAACAUCAGCUCGCAGCCGCCACCAUCACACAAGAGCGAAAGUGAGACGGACGAGGGCAACGGCAGCGACUCUGACGACAGCUUCAUGCAGCAAUGGCGCGAGAGCCGCCGAAGAGAACUCGAGAGCGACUCUAACAAGGUCAUCCGGAACCGGAGAACAAGUCCUAGUGUGCGAAUUUACGGACGUCUGGAUGAGGUGGACGCCUUGGGCUACCUUGAUGCCAUUGAGAAGGUUGCGCGGGACACUGUUGUUGUCGUCUUCGUCUAUGACCCAGAGUGUGACGUUUCUGCGACAAUAGAGCAUGCCAUGAUGCCUCUUGUUUCGCAGCACUCAACAAUACACUUUGUUAAGGUACACUACCUUGACAUUGAGUUCGACAAUGCCGCCGUGCCUGCAAUUUUGGCGUACCGCAACCAGGGUGACAUGGUCGCCAACCUCACAGGCAUCAUUGAGAUGAUUCCCGAUGACGAGAUGUUUGGUACCGACACGCUGGCACGGCUUUUCCAGAAGCACGACAUUCUAUGA